AUGGAGACCAUUGAACAAGUGCAACCAAGCUCAUUUUCGCAGCCAUUUACCAAGACCACUUUAACUGAGGUUACCGACUCUCUUCCCAGGAGACCUCCUUGUAGAGUAUUCUUCAAGAAUGAGUACGAACAACCAUCUGGAAGCUUCAAGCUCAGGGGAAUAGGAAAUUUAAUUGGCAGAUCUAUUGCAAAGGCUGAGAGUCAAGGUAUAAGCAAGAAUAGCAUGUUAGUUCUUGCUAGCUCUGGAGGGAACGCCGGUUUGGCUGCUGCUUAUGCUUCUGAGUUUUAUAACGUAUCAUGUAUUGUUGUGUUACCUACCAGUGCCAAAGCACAAAUUUCUGCAAAGCUAAAACAGUACGGGGCAAAGACCGUCAUUAUAGGCUCUAAUAUCAACGAAGCUGAUACAUAUUUAAAGAAUGUGUUGAUGGCUGAAUAUCAAGAUAAGCACAUCAUUUACUGUCAUCCAUUCGAUAAUCCAUUAAUUUGGGAAGGACAUGCUUCCUUGAUAACUGAACUCUCGACUCAGCUAGAUGCUAAUGAAUUCAACAAAUUGAGGUCCGUAGUGUGCUCUGUUGGGGGAGGAGGUUUAUACAACGGUUUAUUCAAAGGGUUGCAACAAUGCAAAACUAAGAACACUGAUCUCCUUCUAAUUGAAACGAACCAAGCGCCCACUAUGAAGGAAACAAUCAGAAGGGGAGAGAUAUUCACAUUAGACUCAGUGAGUUCAAUUGCAACAUCGUUAGCUUGCUCAUACCUCUCACCUAAGAGUUUAGACAACUUUCAAAAUGAUUCCAACAUACACACAUACUUAGAGUCUAUAGAUGACUUAGAGUCUAUUAAACCAUUGGUUCAAUUUUAUAACCAAACAGGAGUAGUCGUUGAACCUGCUUGCGGAGCAGCAUUAUCAGUUGUAUACGACCAAUUGCAUUUACUUGAAAAAAACUUAACUGGCUUAAGUAAAGACGACAUCGUCGUUAUAGUGGUAUGUGGUGGAAGCUGCACCACACUUGAAGAGUUAAACUCCUUUAAGACUGUUAUUGCUAGACAAGAAAACAAAUUAUAG